UAAAGGGCCGGCGCGUUCGGAGGCUGCGGGAUACCCCUGCGCUGACCGCUCGGGACCCGCGACGCCCACAUCCCGCGCCGGCCCGACCCGCGCCACCAUGUAAACGCUGCCCGCAAGCGGACGCUGGCUUCUCCGCCUGGGACCCCUCCGCCCCGGCCCGGGCCCCCCGGCACUCGAUGAGGAAACACCAUGCUGACAGGGGUGACGGACGGUAUCUUCUGCUGCCUGCUGGGCACACCCCCCAAUGCCGUAGGGCCACUGGAAAGCGUCGAGUCCAGCGAUGGCUACACCUUUGUGGAGGUCAAGCCUGGCCGCGUGUUGCGAGUGAAGCACGCUGGACCCGCCCCAGCGCCCACCCCACCUCCACUAUCGCCACCCGAUGGCGUCCAGGGGGACCGGUCCGGCUUGGUCCGCUGCCAGCGCCGGAUCACCGUGUACCGCAACGGGCGGUUGCUGGUGGAGAACCUGGGCCGGGCACCUCGAGCUGACCUCCUUCAGGGGCAGAAUGGCUGUGGGGAGCCACCAGCUGCCCUCGAGGUGGAGCUGGCCGACCCGGCAGGUGGUGAUAACCACUCGGGCCCAGGCAGUGCCGGCAGUGGCGGGAGGCGGAGGCGAGCCCGGCGCCCCAAGAGGACCAUCCACAUUGACUGUGAGAAGCAUAUCACUAGCUGCAAGGGCGCCCAGGCAGACGUGGUGCUCUUUUUCAUCCAUGGUGUCGGCGGCUCCCUGGCCAUCUGGAAGGAGCAGCUAGACUUCUUUGUGCACCUAGGCUAUGAGGUGGUGGCACCUGACCUGGCCGGCCACGGGGCCAGCUCUGCGCCCCAGGUGGCUGCAGCCUAUACCUUCUAUGCACUGGCUGAGGACAUGCGGGCUAUCUUCAAGCGCUAUGCCAAGAAGCGAAACGUGCUCAUUGGACAUUCCUACGGUGUCUCCUUCUGCACAUUCCUGGCACACGAGUACCCAGACCUGGUACACAAGGUGAUCAUGAUCAAUGGCGGGGGCCCCACAGCACUGGAGCCCAGCUUCUGCUCAAUCUUCAACAUGCCCACCUGCGUCCUGCACUGCUUGUCACCCUGCCUGGCCUGGAGCUUCCUCAAGGCUGGCUUCGCCCGCCAAGGGGCCAAAGAAAAGCAGCUGCUAAAGGAGGGCAACGCAUUCAACGUGUCAUCCUUUGUACUGCGGGCCAUGAUGAGCGGCCAGUAUUGGCCAGAGGGUGACGAAGUCUACCACGCUGAGCUCACAGUGCCCGUCCUGCUCGUCCACGGGAUGCAUGACAAGUUUGUGCCAGUGGAGGAAGACCAGCGCAUGGCUGAGAUCUUACUCCUGGCCUUCCUGAAGCUCAUUGACGAAGGCAGCCACAUGGUGAUGCUGGAGUGCCCCGAUACAGUUAACACGCUGCUCCACGAAUUCCUGCUCUGGGAGCCGGAGCCCUCGCCCAAGGCUCUGCCCAAGCCUCUGCCCGCACCUCCGGAGGAGAAAAAGUAGCCACCAGGCCCCUGCGGCAUCGUUUGGUGAGAAGAGGCGCGGGAGGACGAGGCCGGGGCCAGCGCCAGUUCUGCAGUGCAGGCCACCUCGGGCUGCUCGCUCCAGUGGAGGGGGCCAGGCCAGGGAGGUGCCCCCAGGCCGGCGGGGCGGAGCGUGGCAUCGGUGGGGGGAGCCAGGUGGACCCUCGGCUCCCCGCUCCCAUCCUGCGGAGCCUGUUGCUGGGGCCACAGCCAGGACCCCGUGGAGGAUGACCUUGUACAGAAUCCCUCUCCCCCCACCCCCAGCACUAGGGCCAAGGCCAGCCCUUCGCCCUGCUCUGCGUCCUCGAUCCUGGGGCCCACAAGCCCCUCAGGGACCCUCAGGGCCCCAUCUGACCGAAACACCCCUAUCCCCAAUUCCUCGGCGCUGGGAGCUGUUGCCCAAGGUGGGAGGGUUGGGGGGGAUCUGGCGCCACCAAACCUGCACAUUGCAACUUGUAACUCAAUAA